AUGCAUGGUUUUCCCUGCGCUAUAGGGUACAUUGAUGGCAAACAUGUCCGCAUACUGUCUCCAGGCUCUCCUGCUGAGAGAGACUAUGUUAACCGGAAAAACUUCCAUAGCAUCAAUGUGCAAGUGACAUGUGAUAGCCGAGGUUUGGAAAAUGGUGUUCUUCUUGGGGAAAGUGGGUACCCGUGUCGCACGUUCCUGCCGACACCGUACCUAAACGCUGCUAACGCUGUGCAAGAACGGUACAAUGACAGUCAAAGCAAGACACGAUGCUGCAUUGAGCGCCUCUUUGGUGUUUGGAAGAGACGAUUUCACAUCCUUCACGCUGAGUUGAUCGCCAUUAUCAAUCUUAUUUAUGUAACAUUCAUCCAGAUAAGACUGAAACUAGAGAAAUGUAGCAAUGUGAUUAUAGCGUGUGCUGUACUUCACAAUCUUGCCAAACUAUGGGGUGAGCCGGAAGUACUUCCUGAAGACGAACUGCGUUACGUGGAAACCCCGGCAUACAUCGGACACCAGGAUGGUCGUGGCAUACGAGACCAUAUCGCCAACAACUAUUUUGCACGCUGA